UUAAAAUUUUUUUUUCUGUUUUCAAGAUUUGGGACUCUUUAUUUUAUUGAUAAUGAUUUGCUGAAUGAUUCAGAAUAUUGAUUAGUUAUUGGGAUCUCAACUGAUUAGAAGUGCAGAUCUUUAUCUUUUGAAGUCAUUCGAUCUUACUUUGUUGAAAGCUAAAGAUUUCUAUGAGAUUAUGAAUGAUGAUUUUUCUACAAAUGCUACAGUUCUGUUUGAACCCUUGAAGUUGAAUCUGUAUAAGCAUUUCCUGCAGUUGGAAUUUUUAAGUCCUCGUCAACAUUAUGAAGUCGAUAACUAGCUGCUUUUGCUUGUCGAAAGCUAAACAUGCUGCAGGGUUCGAUAACCACGCAGUUCUUGCUUCUGAGACGGCUUUUAACAUGAACGAAGUAGAGGCGCUCCAAUCCCUGUUCGAGCAACUGAGCAGUUCAAUUAUUGAUGAUGGCCGAAUUCACAAGGAAGAAUUCUUGCUUGCACUUUUCAACUGCAGCAGCACCAAGAACAUCCUAGCAGAAAGGCUGUUUACUCUGUUUGAUCUAAAGAAAAAUGGGGUGAUAGAAUUUGGGGAGUUUGUUAGAACACUAAACAUCUUUCACCCAGACACUCCACAGCAAGAUAAAAUAGCAUUCGCAUUCAAUCUGUACGAUCUCAGGCACACUGGAUAUAUAGAACGAGAAGAGUUGAAGGACAUGGUGCUGGCUACUCUCAGAGAAUCGGAAUUGUCACUUUCAGAAGAUGACGUUGAAGCAAUAGUCGACAAGACACUUCAAGAGGCAGAUUUGAAUGGAGAUGGGAAAAUAGACCUAGAAGAGUGGAAAAAAUUGGUAGCCAAGUAUCCGUCCCUUACAAAGAACAUGACUCUCCCACAUCUAAGGGAGAUAACUCUAGCAUUUCCAAAUUUUGUCAUGGAGACGGAAGUAGUCGACUCAGAACUGGUCUGUUGAAACCAAAAACCUAUUUCUUUAGAUAAUUUUUGCAGUUUCACGGAUGAAAAGGAAGAUUUUCACUGGAGCAGCAGCAAUAUGUUGAGGUUGAAUGUAUAAUACUGUGUUUCUCAACACCAGGCUAUUGCAAUUUGCAAAGUGUGAUUCAUGUUGUAAACUAAACCAAUUUCAUUUCUCAAUGAAUUGUAAUACAAAUGCUUUUUCUA